CCAGCGGUGGGAGGGGAAAUGCCUUUGUGACCCACCCAAGUCCCUCCCCUCCUCGGGCUCUGUGAUGCUGUAAGGCAAAGGCUGGCCCGACAUGUCUGUCCCAGGCAUCCUCCCUCCCUGUGUGUCACAAACGCGGAGGCGGCCCUAUCUGGAGCAGUUGGGGUGGGCAGGCCCAGCUGGGAGGCGAGCGGGCGAGGAGAGCGGCCACGAUGCGGGAAUGCAUAUCAGUCCAUGUGGGUCAAGCUGGGGUGCAGAUUGGCAAUGCCUGCUGGGAGCUCUUCUGUUUGGAGCACGGCAUCCAGGCAGAUGGAACCUUUGGCACUCAGGCCAGCAAGAUCAACGACGAUGACUCCUUCACCACCUUUUUCAGUGAGACUGGCAACGGCAAGCACGUGCCCCGGGCUGUCAUGGUUGACCUGGAACCAACUGUAGUAGAUGAGGUGCGGGCAGGAACCUAUCGCCAGCUCUUCCAUCCCGAGCAGCUGAUCACAGGGAAGGAGGAUGCAGCUAACAAUUACGCCCGUGGGCACUACACAGUGGGCAAGGAGAGUAUCGAUCUGGUAUUGGACCGAAUCCGGAAACUGACGGACGCCUGCUCUGGCUUGCAGGGCUUCCUGAUCUUCCACAGCUUCGGUGGGGGCACAGGCUCUGGUUUCACUUCUCUGCUGAUGGAACGCCUUUCCCUUGACUAUGGCAAGAAGUCCAAGCUGGAAUUUGCCAUCUACCCAGCCCCGCAGGUGUCCACAGCAGUGGUGGAACCCUACAACUCCAUCCUGACGACCCACACCACCCUGGAACACUCAGACUGUGCUUUCAUGGUGGACAAUGAGGCCAUCUACGACAUCUGCCGCCGGAACCUGGAUAUUGAACGCCCCACGUACACCAACCUCAACCGCCUCAUCAGCCAGAUUGUGUCUUCAAUUACUGCCUCUCUCCGCUUUGAUGGGGCCCUCAAUGUGGACCUCACAGAGUUCCAGACCAACCUGGUACCCUACCCCCGAAUCCACUUCCCGCUGGUCACUUACGCACCCAUCAUUUCUGCUGAGAAAGCCUACCAUGAGCAGCUGUCUGUGGCAGAGAUCACCAGUUCCUGCUUUGAGCCCAACAGCCAGAUGGUGAAGUGUGACCCACGUCAUGGCAAAUACAUGGCCUGUUGCAUGCUCUACCGCGGUGAUGUGGUGCCCAAGGACGUGAAUGUUGCCAUUGCUGCCAUCAAGACCAAGAGAACCAUCCAGUUUGUUGAUUGGUGUCCCACAGGCUUCAAGGUGGGCAUCAACUACCAGCCACCUACUGUUGUGCCAGGAGGGGACCUGGCCAAAGUCCAGAGAGCUGUUUGCAUGCUGAGCAACACUACAGCAAUUGCAGAGGCCUGGGCCCGCCUUGACCAUAAAUUCGACCUCAUGUACGCCAAGCGGGCCUUUGUACAUUGGUAUGUUGGAGAGGGAAUGGAAGAAGGAGAGUUUUCUGAAGCCAGGGAGGACCUGGCUGCCUUGGAGAAGGAUUAUGAAGAAGUGGGGACUGAUUCAUUUGAAGAAGAAAAUGAGGGGGAGGAAUUUUAAAUAUAUGACUGCCCCGUGACUGUGUCUCUCUGUUUGUGUCGCCCCACUCAGAGCAUGCUGGGUUCCUUUCCCGAGCACUGUGCUAAGACACACAGCAGCAAAUGUGCCUGCUCUCUC